UUUACUCAACCCGAACAAUCUCCCUCACGCUGUGCAGUGUGUCGCAGAGGCUCACACGCUUGGGAUGCCGAUAACCGACGCCAUGUACCGUGCGGUCCUCGCAAACUUGUUUCGGCUGAAACUUGAUCAUGAGGCGGUGCGGUUUGCCGAGCGGGAGUUCGGUAAAUGCAACGAGGACCCAGGGAAUCCUGUGAAUGCAUCGCUAUCACUAAGCCUUGCCAUUAUUGACGGACUUUUGGCACAUAACAGACCUCAGGAGGCACUCCUAUUCUUCUCUACAUUUGAGACAAGGCUGGGCAAUGUUGUGGGGUCCGCAACGCGCGGACUUGGCACCAUUGGGCUUCGUUCGCAAAGGUGGAUUGUUCAGGGGCGAGUGGCCGUCGUCGAUCACAACGUCCUUCUGGACCCGCGUUGCGAGUCUCUUUUUUCCCAUUAUGACUCCAUACUUGUGCCCUUUUCUUCCAUUCGGCUCCUUGUACGUCGGGUGCGGGAGUUAUUCGGCACGCUGAAAGGGCGUUACACGAAGCAGAGGCUAAAGCGACUGCAGGAGCUGACGGCCGAUCAGAGUAUUCCAGUGCGUGUCUUACCAAUGGCGCAUCAACUCAUCGCCCACACUUACAUCGUGGAUGGACCUAUCACAUCCGAGUCUGUCGAGUGUUUACGCGAAACGGCACGAGAGAAGAAAGACGAAGAUGAGCAGCUGCGAGAAGAGCAGAGGCGUCUCACAGAGUCGGUUUUUAUCCGUAAAAGGGAUGCACUUUUCUCCGAUGAUGGUUUUGCUGCUCGAGUUUGUGGAAGCAACCUCAACGAAGGGGCAGAUGUGGCUGUUGUAGUGAAACCGGGCGAGACCCCUGUUGUCAGCGGCAGUGGUCCGGUCGUGCUGAACAGCCCGGACCGCAUGAGUGCCCCAGAGCGUGUGCUUGCUGUGGCUGUGAUGCUCAAAUCUCUAAACCCCGACUCUAAUGUGCACGUUGUCUCACCAAAUCCCGUACAGUUGCAGGUAGUGGAAAAGUGGAACCAAAUGCAUCCCGCCAUACUCCUGACGAUGGUUCGUUACCCUGAAGAAGUCACUUUGAAGGCACCGGCAGAAGAGCAGCAGCAGCAGCAGCCCUCUUUUGACAGGAGUAACGAAGAAGUACCCGUAACAAAAAAGGCAUCUUGCGAUCGGGUGCUUUGGCAUGAAAGAAGGCCUCUCUUUUUUCCGUCAUGA